AGCACACACACACACACACACACACACACAUAACCGUCUCGGCUAUCAGUGCACGAUUGGACCUGAGCCAUCUCGGAAGAAAGAGAGAAAGAAAAGGAGGAAGGAAAGAGCGAAUAGAAAAGAGGGCAGGCAACAGUAUUGCCCAAGACAAGUGGGUCGUGUUGCAGAAUGGGAAAUGCACCUUCUCAAGGCAUGUCAACCCUAUCUCCAUGCAUACUUAAGUAGCAGAUCCGGACCGCUCAGGUCAACACAUGAUCUCCACAGACGACGCGGAAUACCCGCGGGAGUACCGCACGCUGGGGAACGGCACACGGCGGUUCUCCAACGUGGGCCUAGUACACACCUCUGAGCGUCGACACACUGUGAUUGCAGCACAGAGUCUUGAAGCACUUACUGGACUCCAGAAAGCUGAUAUGGAAAGGAAAAGGGAUGCUUUUAUGGAUCACCUCAAAAACAAGUACCCCUCUCAACAUCCUCCUUCACCUGGGGGCAGUAUGCGUGUUCAACAAGAGCGUGUAAGAGAGCAGCAGCAGCCAAACUACUGGAGUUUUAAGAUGGGGCUUCCCAGCUGUUACACUAAUGUCAAAACUCGAAGUCCACGUCAUUCCCAGUCUACGCAGUCAGGAUUAGCAGACCAGGCAAGCAAAUUAUCGUUUGCUUCAGCUGAAUCACUGGAGACUAUGUCAGAAGCCGACAUACCACUUGGGUUUAACCGGAUGAAUCGCUUUCGACAGAGCCUGCCAUUAUCACGUUCAACCAGCCAGACCAAGCUAAGAGCACCAGGAGUUCUAUUCCUUCAGUUUGGAGAUGAAACCCGCCGCGUUCACAUUACUCACGAGCUGAGUAGUAUGGACACUCUGUAUGCACUUAUUGUGCACAUGUUUCCACAAAAACUCACCAUGGGUAUGCUUAAGUCACCCAAUACUGCGAUUCUCAUAAAGGACGAGACUAGGAAUGUUUUCUAUGAACUGGAGGAUGUCAGAGAUAUUCAGGACCGCAGCAUCAUAAAAAUCUAUCGCAAAGAACCCAUCUAUGCAUCCUACCCUGGUUCACACCUAACCAAUGGAGACCUCAGGAGAGAAAUGGUGUAUACUUCUCGUGAAUCCUCUCCCACUCGUCGUUUGAAUAAUUUGUCACCGUCUCCUCACCUGUCAUCCUCUGCAUCCCCUCCAUCAGGCUCUCCUUCUCGGUCUCGACUUUCUUAUAGUGGGGGUCGUCCUCCAUCUUAUGCAGGACCUGCUCACCCACUCCCUCACCAUGCCUCUUCAAGUCCAGGUGGCCCCCCAGCAGGUAUCUCCCCCUCUCCCAGUGCUAUUCUUGAAAGACGUGAUGUCAAGCCAGAUGAAGAAAUUGCUACAAAGAACAUGGUGCUAUUAAAGAAUGAGGGCCUUUAUGGUGAUCCUUAUAGUCUUGUGCAUGAGGGCCGCCUUAGCAUCGCAUCCACACAGUCCUUGGCAGCAAUAGGGGACCCUUUCACUUUUCCUGUGUCCAGUGGCCUUUACAGAAGAGGUUCAGUUCGUUCUUUGAGCACAUAUUCUGCAGCUGCUCUGCAAGGGGAAUUGGAGGAGGCUCUGUACAAACCUGGUGGCCCUCUUUACUCCGACUCAUAUUCUUCCUCUAUCGGGAUGGGUUUCAGACUGCCUCCUUCUUCUCCCCAGAAGAUUCCAGACAGUCGAAUGAGUGACAUGCAGCUCAGAGAUCGUGAUGCUCCUCAUAGCCCAUACUCAGGGCCACCCAGUCGUUCUUCCCCUGUCCGCCAGUCUUUUAGAAAGGACUCUGCAUCAUCCUCUGUAUUUGUGGAGAGCCCAAAGUCCCGCAGUGGCAGUGCCUCUGACACCCCUUCUGGAACGGGGGGUGUAGCAACUGAUCCGGGACGAGGAGUAUCUGGUUAUAGUUCCCCCUUGCCAGCAAACGAAACAGAAACACGGGAGAGAAUGGAGGCAAUGGAAAAACAAAUUGCCAGCUUGACAGGCCUAGUCCAGAGUGUGUUGACAAGGGGACCUGAAAGCGAGGGCAUAGAGAAGAGUGAACCAACCAGUGAUGGAUCAGGGACUGGAACUUUGACCCCCUCAGUCCACAGCACCAGGGCGACUCCUACACCACCACCUCCUCCAACAGCUGCAACACAGACAACAGCAAUUACAAGAUUACAGAUGCAGUUACAUCUUCAUGACCUGCAACAGAAUGCCAGUGACCUGAGAGACCAACUAAGUCAGCUACGCAGGAUGCAGCUUCAGAAUCAGGACUGUGUGCGUACUUUGCUGAAAAGAACUGAGACAGACAUUAGUGUGCGGGUGACAGAUGCUCUGCGCAAACAGGAGGACCCCCUGCAGAGACAACGCAUUCUAGUUGAAGAAGAGCGACUUAAGUACCUUAAUGAGGAAGAACUUAUCAUCCAGCAGUUACAUGAUCUAGAAAAGUCUGUUGAAGAGAUCCAGAAAGACACCUCUGUAAACCACCGACUUGUCACUGUGCAAGAACUUGAGGAAAAGGCCUUGGUUUUGAGAAAACUUGGCGAGACCUUAACUGAACUUAAGAGUCAAUUUCCUAGCCUGCAGAGUAAAAUGCGUGUAGUUCUACGAGUUGAAGUUGAAGCUGUUAAGUUUCUCAAGGAGGAACCACAUAGACUAGAUGCCUUGCUGAAGCGUUGCAGAACUAUCACUGAUACACUAACAAACCUCAGGAGACAAGUUAAUGAGGGUAUCUGGAAAGGCCAAGAAGAUCUCACCAGUACGUCUUCAAAGCACAUGGAUGACUUCAGUAAAACUUCGGACUUUGACAUUCCAACGAGCCCGCCACUGAAUUUCAAUGACCUUAGUGGUAGUUCUAACAUAACCUCCUGGCAGACACACAGUGCACCAGGGCUAAGUGAGAGCUCUAAGAUUUCUGCACCUCAUUCGCAUAGUUCACGAACCACACUGGACAUGAGCCAGGCAAUUCCAAGCAAAAGUCGUAUGUUAGAUGACCUUGGUGGAAGAAGAAGCGUGGACAAAUCUGUGUCAGUUGAGGCUGCAGAACGAGACUGGGAGGAGAAGAGGGACAGUCUAACCCAAUACAGUACUCAGGACAUUAACCGCCUUUUGGAGGAAACACAAGCAGAGCUUAUGAAAGCCAUUCCAGACCUUGAUUUUGCAGCUAAGCAACAGAAAACCCCAAGCAUUGGGGUUCAAAGCAAUAGUGCUAGUCCCACCCCAGAACAUCGGUCUACCAAGCCCCAGCUGGCAGCACAAAAGUUAUCCACCAAGAAUGAACCAAGUGGCCGACGAGGCUCUGAUGAGCUGUCAGUACCUCGAUACCGAACAGAGAAGCCUUCCAAAUCUCCACCACCACCUCCUCCCCGUCGCAGCUUCCCAUCUUCUCAUGGGCUGACUACAACUAGAACAGGAGAGGUUGUCGUCACUAGCAAAAGCAUUAAGAAGUCAGAAUCAGAGGAAACAGAGGUGCAAAAGCCUCAUGUAAAGCUAAGGCGGAGUGUAUCUGAGGCACCACGACCAGCAUCUACACCUCCAAUUAUUGCCUCAGGGGUUAAGGAUGAUGAUGAUGAGGACAGGAUCAUUGCCGAGCUUGAGGUGUUUGAAAGAAGUACCACCAAACCACUAGCCCCCAUUUACUUUGCCAACACACCCAGCCCAGAAUCUGUGCCAUGUAUUGGCACAUUAGAAGCUAUUGGACAGAAGACUGCUGAUGUGAAAACUCGAGUCCCCAAAAUUGUGUUGACAGAGUGGGUUUCAGCACCAUCAUCUCCCACUGAGAAUUUUCUAGUCGAAAAUGGUUUCUAUCAGGAGAUGAGUCCUGAUUGUGUGUCAAAGCAUGAGGAAGUAGUUGCCAAAGCUCAGAUGGAUGUACCAGUGCUUGUAGAAGAUAUUCUUGAAGAAUUUUCAUCUAAUCUUCAAAUUCCUCCCCAGUGGUAUUCAAAAAGCUUAGUUUCUACAAAGUGCCUUGACAAUGUGUUCCUCAGUUGUACAUGGGCUGAAGGAGUAAAUAAACAUGACAGCCUAGGCGGUAAUAUCAAUCAGUUGGAGCAUUCAGAAACAUCAUCUGAGAAUCACUACAGCAAAGCAAUACCUUGCCUUAAAGAAACAGCAUCCCAGGAUUAUGAAUGGAAUGGAGAGGAUGAAGUAAUACAUGAAAUACUGGCUUUUAUCAUAAGCGACAGGCAUAUCAAAGCUUUGACUGAUAUUGAAGUAGCACAGCUUGAAAAGGAAAAUAUGUAUGUCCAGAAUAUAUCUAUAGGAAGCAGUGGUAUUGAAGAUAAUGAAAGAGAGCCAGCUUUCAUUAUUCUAGACAAGCCUAUGGACAUAAAAACAGCUUAUAAGCAUCUUUUAAUGAUAAUUGAAGAAGGGAAUACAGGAUUUCACAAAUAUUACAAAAGUUCCAAUCCCAUAAGUAAUUCUUUCAAAACUACAGAACUAGAAGGUGAAAAAGUGUUUCUUGUGACUCAUGUACCUUUAUCAUCUGAAAGUGGAAAGGAUAGACCAGAUGGUAACAUAGAUACACCUGUUCCAAGACCCAGAUCUUUCGUCACAUCAGAUAGACAUCUCAAGAACAUCCAAAUGCCAACAAUCAACUUUUCACAGUUGGAAUUAAAUGCAUUGAGUAGGGCAAUUGAGAUUGGAUGUCAAACUGGCAGUAAAACAGUUGAGUUUCUUGAUAAUUAUGAAGAGACAAUGAGCACUUCUACCAAUAUUAAGCAAAAAGAUGUGAAUGAAUACGAUUUAAAUCAGCAAAGCCAGUGGAACACUACCAGAGAGCUAAAGACAGAAACCGUUCCAAAACCUGAGUGGCUUGUAGGUCAAGGACAUUCUAUGAAUGAAGAAAGCCAGUGCCUGGAAAUCAAGAGAGAAACGUUAAAAAAGCUUGACAAUUUAGAAAAAACCAUUCAGGAACUGGAGAGCACAAUCAUGGAAAUCAGUAGUCAUCCCUCAGUAGGCCAAAUCUUCUCAAAAGACUACCUGGAAAAGCAGGCGACAGCAGAUGAGAAAAAUGAGGACUCUACAGCUGGUGUGAGUGUACCACCCAGGAAAAAACCAGUGCUUCCACCCAAACCAUCUGUGCUCCCACCAAGCUCCCAAAAGACUUCCAAUGUAUCAUCUCCAUCCAGUCGAGCAAUCCACUCAGCAGCUUCGAGGCUGAAGCACAUUCAACAGAGCAGCCCAGAGAAGACCAAGUCACUGAAACAGCGUGAAGAAUAUGUGAAGGUUCAAGGCCAGCAGCAGUGACCUUUCACCUUCGUGUCCAUCCUCCUGUUCGGGUCUUCUGAUCUGCCACUGUGCACUGUGUGAUGAUGCCGAACGUCUUUAGAUAUGUGUCCUGCUAGGCCCUCAUCUACAUCAUUUUCCUCAGUCUGAGGUGGCCUCCUAACCUUCCAUUUUAUCCAGUGCCACAAAUACAACUGCUGCUCUUUUCCAGGGCUGUGGAAAAUGCUACCGGCCUCUGGCUAUGAGACUGUAUUCUUGUUUCUCUUUCUCUUUAUCCCAUUCUUUUUCUCCUACUCCAUACAAUUGGCUUGUAGGCCUAUGGAAGCAGCAAAGCCAGGGAGUCUCAAAACCUCCCAUCCAAGACUACAAUGUUUGGUGGCAGAGAUUUGCUGUCGUCUUCAGUUGCAUCUGUAUUUGCUCCUGGCUUGAAGAAGUACCCUCAAGAUGGAGUAUCAUUGUCUGCCUCCAGUUCAGCCUCAAGCAGCCCUGCAAAAACUCUCUUCUCCAGCCUGUCUGCCUCCAGCCUCGCAGCAGAUGCUCUGCUUUCCUCCACAUUUCGAGAAAGGUUGGUGAAAGAAUACCGUACAUCAUCUGCUCCACUCCCUGCAUUAAAUGGCCGACCUGCUGCCUCUUCUUCCUCCUCACUUUCCUCACUUUCGCUAUCUUCUUUCGGCCUGAAGAGCUCUAAGGGCCUCCAGAAUACUGCUCUGAACAACCUGAAAGACAAAAGCAAAACUCUUCCCAAGCCAGCAUCGUAAGGAGCAACAUAAUAAGCACACAACAAUUAACAUGACUAAAGUGUACUAGGGUGGUUUGUUUUCCUCUUGCUUUCAUUUCUAAGAGCGUAUGGCAGCCCAGACUGUUUGCUCCCUUUGUAUCUGAGUAUUGCAGGGAUAUGUGGGACAUGUUUGUCUGUACAUGUGUAGAGUGUGUAUACGCAGAAAGCAUAUUAAAUUAUUUGUGAAGUGUUAAAGAGCUGGGUAUUGUAGUACAACGCAGUUAACGCUGCACUCUAAAUAUAACACCAUAUGCUGUGGGGCUUAACCAUCACCCAGUGAGGUUACAAAGCAACCAGAAUACGCUGUGAAAAGAAAAAGAAAUAUUGAGUCUUAGGUUUUCUUUGAAACCACUAAAACACAUUUGAAAGACCUUAGUAAUACUGCAAUGUGAUUUAAAUACAGGGUGGUCCAGAUCUAAUUAUGCAAUCAUGGCAUUGCAUUAAAAGUUGCAUAGUUAGAUCUGGACCACCCAAUAGUUUCAGUUACUUUUUAGUUAUUACUUUGCCUUCACCCAGGGGGUCUUUUAAGACCAAUACAGUUGUUACAAACUUUUAGGGAUAAUUUAUCCACCCACCCAAAUGGAGCACUCCCUGUAUUUCUAACAUGCCCACCGCACCCAUCCCCGGUCUAAAUGCCUUGCCACAGACUGCCAUGCACAACUGAAGUGUACAUUUGUGGUUUAGCUACUAUGGACAUGAUGUGAUGGUUAAAUUACUGACACAUCUGAACUUUUAUGAUGCAGAGUAGAAAUUUAGACUUUUAACAAUGAAUGCACUUUAUUGCAAAACACAAAAUAACACGAUAAAACAUGCAUUUAAUUUGCUUUUUCGAACAAAGAGAAUGUUUUUGCAAGUGGUAUUGAUAUUCAUACCAGGACCGAUACACUUUUUAUUGAUGCAUCUAUGCAACUAGUUAUGAACUGAAGACACAGAAAAUACUGCAUGUAGUGGACCAAAUAUAACACUGAAAAUAAUUAGUAUAUAAAAGUGCCAUCAGUCUGUGCCAGGCAGUAAAUGCAGUCUGCCCUACUAUGUCCUGUGAACCCACUUGUUGACAUCCUGAACAGAAAACAUUACUUGUGCAUCAUAAAUGAAUGUUGCCGCUACAUAUGCUGUGGUGCUCUAUGGAUUAGGUAAAGGUGACUGACAUCUCCAUAUGAGCCGCAAAUUUGAACUCCAUAAUAAGUCUGCAUAUUUUACAGAUUUUAAACUAUAAUAGUCGAUUGCAUCCUAUGGGGGUCAGUUCCGUUGCCUGAAUUCUGCAAUAAAAUUGGAAUUCCAUUUUUUGAUGUGCCAUUCUAUUUUGUCUGAUGAUGUACUAUUCCGGGCGGCACUGUGGCGUAGUGGGUAGCGCUGCUGCCUCGCAGUUAGGAGACCUGGGUUCGCUUCCCGGGUCCUCCCUGCGUGGAGUUUGCAUGUUCUCCCCAUGUCUGCGUGGGUUUCCUUAUGCAAGUUAAGUGCAUUGGCGAUCCUAAAUUGUCCCGUGUGUGUCCUGCGGUGGGCUGGCUCCCUGCCCCGGGGGUUUGUUCCUUCCUUUACGCCCUGUGUUGGCUGGGUUUGGCUCCAGCAGACCCCCGUGACCCUGUGUUAGGAUAUAGCAGGUUGAAUAAUGACUGACUGACUAAUUGUGUUUGUUUCAAAGGCCCAAGCCCCAGUAUUCCAGAACUCUUCAGUAACAUUCACAAUGCAUUCUGGGUGUUUUGCUUUUUACCUAUUAGUAUUUCUGAUAAUGGAGCCUAAUAUAUUUAUUAGAAAAGUUAUUCCAGCAAUUUAAAGUAACUUGCUACUGAUGUUUAGUGCUCUGCUGCCUCUGACAAUUCUUGCUAAGUUACUCUUCAUGGCCAAAUAAUCAAAAUAUUGAGUAUCAGAAAAAUCCACUGCAAGAAUCUGAAUGUGGCAUUAUAUUAUUAGACAAGCACAAAAUGUUAAUUACUUCUUAAACAAAGACAUUUGGGGUGGUUAGUGAGAGAUACUUUUUUAUUUUGGUUUGUAUGGUUUUACAUUGUUAGUUAUUGUCUUCUUUGAGUCAAAAAACAGCACCCUGUCUGUGCAGCCUUAGAUCCAUGGGGACCCUCCUGUAGGUUUUAGUUCAGAGUGUAGCUUGCAUAUUCUUCCACAGUCCUGAUGGGUUUCCUCUCACAUCUCAAAAAAAAAAAUCUUAAAGGUGGUGGCCCACCACAGAGAGAAUCCA